AUGCUUCAGGUGUUCUCUUUCUCUGUUAUUACUGCCUCAGUUAUUUUUAAUUUUGUAGGAAUCAUUAUGAGUCUGUUUAUUACAGUGGUCAAUUAUAAGACUUGGGUCAAAAACCAUGGAAUCUCCUCUUCUGAUAGGAUCCUGUUCAGCUUGGGCAUCACCAGAUUUCUUACACUAGGAUUGCUUCUACUGAGCACUAUUUACAUCAUCUCUCCAAACGUUGAAAGGUCAGUCUACUUGUCUGCCUUUGUUUUGUUGUGUUGGAUGUUUUUGGACUCUAGCAGUCUCUGGUUUGUGACCUUGCUCAACAUCUUGUACUGUGUGAAGAUUUCUAACUUCCAACACUCAGUUUUUCUCCUGCUGAAACGGAAUAUCUCCCUGAAAAUCUCCAGGCUGCUGCUGAUCUGUGUGCUGAUUUCUGCCUUCACCACUCUCCUGUAUGUUGUGCUCAGCCAGACGUCACCUUUUCCUGAGCUUAUGACUAGGAGAAAUGGCACAUUAUUUGACACGAAUGAGGGCAUCUUGUGUUUGGUGGCCUCUUUUUUCCUGAGCUAUUUUAUCCAGUUCACCAUUAAUGUGACUUCUGCUUCCUUGUUAAUACAUUCCUUGAGGAGACACAUACGGAAGAUGCAGAAAAACGCCACUGUUUUUUGGCAUCCCCGGACUGAAGCUCAUGUAGGUGCCAUGAAGCUGAUGAUCUAUUUCCUCAUCCUCUAUAUUCCAUAUUCAAUUGCGACCCUGAUCCAUUUUCUCCCUUCUUACGUGGGGAUGGGUUUGGGAGUCAGAUCCACUUGUAGGAUUAUUGCCACCCUUUAUCCGUCAGUACAUUCUUUUCUUAUUAUUUUUACACAUCCAAAACUGAAAACUAAAGCAAGGAAGAUUCUUUGUUUCAAUAAGUAG